CUCUGCAUGUUUUGUGAGAGGAAUUUUAUGGAGGUGUUCUAAGCAAAAUGGUUCACACGAUUUGGAUUAGGAAACCAGUGUCGGCCUCAGGAGUGUGCUGAUCCGGCAACAGAAUCCCGAGGAAAAGCGUAGAGGUUUCAUUCACUUCCAAAUCUUAACCCUUUUCACCUUAACUCGACAAUGGCACUCACCGCCUUCUCUUCGCCGGUGGCUGCUCUUUCGCCGUUGAGCAUGUCCUCGCUCCGCGCCGCCCUUCCAGCUGCCCCCUCUGCUCGCAUCCAUUUCUGCCGUUUCUCCACCCCUUCGCAGUAUCCUGCGUCGCGAAGCAUCAGGUCUGGUCGCAACACGCAGAAAACCCUACGCUCCUUCUCCGGCCUUGCUCCGGUGUACCCUAUCUACUCCAACUUCUCCGAGAAUGUUACAUAUGAAAAUGGCUUUAGUGCAAUUGACAAUGGAAGCAGAUUCUUUGCAAUGAGACAUGGGAAACGUGUCCCAAAACUUAACAGACCCCCAGACCAGCGUCGUGCUUUGAUUCGUGGCCUCACAACUCAGUUGUUGAAGCAUGGUAGGAUUAAAACUACUAGAGCACGGGCAAGUGCUAUAAGGAAAUAUGUGGAUAAAAUGAUUACUUUGGCGAAGGAUGGAUCUCUUCAUAAGAGAAGACAAGCACUUGGUUUCAUCUAUGAGAAGCAGAUAGUGCAUGCUCUUUUUGCAGAGGUACAAGAUAGAUAUGGUGAGAGAAAUGGAGGGUACACUAGAAUUAUCAGGACCUUACCAAGGAGAGGCGACAAUGCACCAAUGGCAUAUAUAGAGCUUGUCUAGGUAAAAAAGGCUACUUGAAAUUGUUGAAAGCCUUUGAUCAUUUGAAGGUUUAUUUUGUAACCUUUAAGCAUAUUUUCACCGAGACUGAAAGUUCUUACAAAUUAUUCUAUGUUUUUGAUGAUCUGUUACUUGUGCUCAUAGAAUUGGAAGGAGUAUGCAUUUUCUCUCUUUUAUUUAUUUGCAAUCAAUAACUUUGUUGUUCCCCUA